GAAAGAGAUUACAGAUGAAAGGUUUGAGACAGGAAGAUCUGGUUGAUGGAAUACCUCCAAAACCAGAACCGCCAGCCUUAUGUGCUCGCUGUGAGUCUUCAAAUACCAAGUUUUGCUACUACAACAAUUAUAGUGUCUCGCAACCUCGAUACUUUUGUAGGGAUUGUAAAAGGUAUUGGACAAGAGGAGGAAUUCUUAGGAACGUUCGGGUUGGGGGGAAGCCAGUUCAGAAACCGAAACCACAACGACGAGCUAGGACACUUGACAGUUCUCAUCCUGCCAAUGCACUUUACUAUCAACUGUUCCAGAAUCGACAACUUCGUGAUCAUCAUUUAGCAUUAUAUCAAGAACAACAAAGACAACAACAAAUGCUUCAACAACAGCAACGGAGAUCAACACUACAGCCUAUCUUGAAUCUGGCAACAAAUUAUACCCCAAGUUACGUGGAUACAAUCAGUGUUGUGUCGACCAACAUUCAAAAUUCACACCCCAUUCCAUUUAUCCCCUCGUCGUAUUCGCCAGCUCCUUCUAAAUACCCAGGUCGCGAUCAGAACUUUCACAUCCCUUCUUUCACUCAACAUCAAGAACCUUCUGAACAAUAUCUGGUUGAUAAGUCACAGCAAAAUUCGGUUGGUGGUGUGAAUCAACAACCUAAGCUUUCAUCUGCUACUGUGUCGAAUGGAGAGUGGCAUCAAAAAGCUUUCUCAUUGGAAAAAUUACAUAAUUGGAGCAGAAUCCAAAGAAAGGACAAUGUCAGUGCCGAGGUUAACGGAAAUGUUAGUGCCGAAUUUAACAAAAAAGACAUCGCAAGAACAUAAACAGUGGCUGUCCUGCGUUAAGCUCCUGCAUUAAAACCAAUAUUCCGGGGGAUGGUUUCAUGAGAUUCCAGGCCUAGUAGCCAUAUUUGGAAAAUUCUAUGUUGAUAGAAUAAACUCUUUCAGUUUCUUGGAGCAAUUGUAUGGUUUUUGCUAGUUACUGGGUAGUUUUUUGGCUAUUCAAAAACUAGUUUCAUAUGUAUUGUUGCAUUUUAAUCGUAAUAGAU